AUGGAGUCUACGGAUCGCCUAAGUGCCAUUCAAUUUUUACUGGUGGUCCAGCGUUGGAUUGGACUUCUAAAAUGGAAAAAUGAUGAGGAAGCUGGCAUUUUAUCCUGUCUAAAACGCAUUCACCCAUUUGUGUUGCAUCUGCCACUGACUUUUACUUAUAUAGCUUUAAUGUGGUACGAAGCCUUUACAUCUUCAGAUUUCGAGGAAGCUGGCCAAGUUCUAUACAUGUCCAUAACUGAAUUGGCAUUGAUUAUCAAGCUCCUGAAUAUUUGGUAUCGUCGCAAUGAAACAGCUAACCUCAUCAACGAACUGCAACACAAUCCUGCCUUUAAUCUCCGUAAUGCAGAGGAAAUACAAUUUUGGGAGAAGAAUCAAAAGGGUUUCAAGCGGAUCUUCUACUGGUACAUUUGUGGCAGCCUUGUCGUGGCUUUCAUGGGUUAUACCAGCGUGUUUUUUCAGGAGGAAUACGAACUGCCUUUUGGAUAUUAUGUGCCCUUUGAAUGGCGCUCUAGGGAGAGGUAUUUCUACGCCUGGGGCUACAAUGUCGUGGCUAUGACUCUCUGCUGUCUAUCCAACAUCCUUCUGGAUACUUUAGGAUGCUACUUCAUGUUCCAGAUCGCAUCACUUUUCCGAUUAAUUGGAAUGCGACUGAAGGCUUUGCAAAAUGCUCCCGAGGAGAAAGCCAAGCCGGAGUUGCGAAGCAUUUUCCAGCUGCACUCGAAAGUCAAACGAUUAACUAAGGAAUGUGAAGUGCUAGUUUCACCUUAUGUUUUAUCCCAAGUGGUUCUCAGUGCUUUCAUCAUCUGCUUCAGUGCCUAUCGACUGGUGCACAUGGGAUUCAAACAGCGACCUGGUCUAUUUCUAACCACUGUGCAGUUUGUGGCCGUCAUGAUAGUUCAGAUUUAUCUUCCCUGCUAUUAUGGCAAUGAGUUGACCAUUCACGCCAAUGAUCUGACUAAUAGCGUCUUUGCUACCAAUUGGCUGGAAUAUUCAGUGGGCACAAGAAAGUUACUCAACUGCUAUAUGGAGUUCCUAAAGAGACCAGUUAAAGUUCGAGCUGGGGUUUUCUUCGAAAUAGGAUUGCCUAUCUUUGUAAAGACCAUCAACAAUGCGUACAGUUUCUUCGCCCUGCUGCUGAAGAUAUCCAAGUAA